GAUAAACUUAUUAAAUAGACAUUUGAGCAUGACCGAGGAGGAAGAAAAACUGGAAGACAGGAAUGGGAUCGACCUUGAUGGUGACUUAGAUGGCCACUCCGCAGAGGGAACUAGUCUCUUUCAGUGUCUCCACUCCGUUUUCGACUCUCUCAUGGUCUCAAGAUGCAGCUCAUUACCCGAAGAGUGGACCAAAUUCAUAUCCAUCAUGGCAUCAUCCAGAUUUCUGAAGCAGAGUCUAGUGGAGGAGGCGAAGGAGGAGUUGAGGAGUCUGCGAGUGAGAUCCAAACACGUCAUGCAGUGGCUGAACAAAGGCCUCUCAGCAGUGCCUCCCAAGCUAAAGGCUCUCAGCGAACUCAACAUCAUGUUAGCACAUCACCCCUGGAAAGUCACGGCGGCCAGUUUCGCCGAAUUAGCUGCACUCAACUGGAGCAACUCAGAAGCACUGCAUGCAACUCUGGUUCUCUGUUUCUUUCACAGUUUCUGCACAAUUGUAAUCUCAAAAGACAUCUCUCUCGACACGCUAGUGGAGACUUCGUCACAGAUGACGGCCAAGAUCAAAGAAGUGGCAUUCGAAGUGCCGCUGGUAGACGAAAUGGAAUCCAAGCGAGGUAUUAAUUGUUCGGAGUCGCCUUUAACGUGUAAUGCUGGCAACCACAAAACCUUGCUGCAAUACUUUAGACGUAUGAGGUCUAAAAGUGCGACUGAAAUCAAAACCAGAGAAUUCGUAACAGAAGCGUCCAAGUUCGUCACUGAUAAUCUAGAAACGCAGUACUCGGACUUCAAACCGAGAAGAACCGAAAAAUCGAGUAGGGAGUUUGAGCGUGGUCGUAUAGGUUGUAUGUUCGGGGUCUCAAGAUACGAAGGCACUGAAAGCUCCACUCCAAAAGUUCACCAACCUUACAAUUUAUUCGAGCAAUUUAAUUGGGAAACGGACGGAUAUUCUUUAGUAUCGUCACUUUUACCCUCGACAAAUUCAAAAAGCGGUGCCAAAUCAGUUGCUUCCUCUUUUGACGACCUGAUCAAAUCAACAUCAACUCUUCAGUUGUUCUCAGACGAAUUCAAAGACCAUAUUUGGAACUAUGUUCACAUUUUAUUCGGAAUUCAGUUCCAGGAUUUUGAUCACGAAAACGUGAACAAAGUGUUGAAGGUGGAUUUGAAGUUGUUCGUCAAAGCGGCUGCGUGUUACCCGGACCGUAUUACCGAUACACUUAUAAACGAGUCCCUGAAAUGUUUCUCGAAACACGAGCGAUUUGCAAUCAACCUUCUAGUGUGCAUUGCGAGACUACACGUUAGCUUGCUUUACUCACUGAAAGCUUUUUACGACCAUCAAUGUAAUGAGUCGGAUUGCUUAGAGGACUGAAAUGGACUCAUAAUGUCUCACGCAAUUCUUAGUAAUUCACCGCAUUCAUUUUCAAUUAUCAUGUGACUUAGUUGCUUCUUCUGCUGAAUUUAAAAGGAGUAUGCGAAUAUAGUUUCAAUUUUUUUGGCUGAAA